UCAUUAGUUUAGAAAAUCACAACCUCUUAUGGAGUAAAUAUUAGUAAUAAUAAAAAGACUAGAAAUCUCUCUGUUUUCCGCCGCUCGUCGCCCCCUCCGGCCCACGACGCUCUCGCCUCGAAAUCUCUACAGCAACAGCCUGCGCCGUGCUCCGCCUCACUGUGCAGCCUAUCAGUUUUCGUUGUCCUGCUUCCUCCGGCAACUCUUUAGCAGCUCUGCCGACACCUCCCCAACCCAACGCCCAAUAGCAGGUAAAUCGACUGCAAUUUGAAAUGUGGGAGCUGGAUUUCAAUUUGCAAAAGCUGCUAUUAGAGCUCAAUUUGAACAGUUUGUUAAUGGCGUCUCCCGCUCUACCCCUACUAUCUCUGCAGCUUCUUUGAAUUUUCCAACUUUUUCAUGUUCCAGAUUAUCUAACCAUUACGUGAUUUAAGGUUCUCGAACAUAGAAUUUGUGGGGGAUAAAAAAGGAGCACUGGUGGCGUGAAAUCAUGGGAGUCAUUGAAUUAGGGCUUCGUUGUCCGCAAAAUGUCAAUGGGAUCGCAUCUGAUCCUCAGCCUGAUUGGAGUUUCGACAAGUUACUUUCGGAGCUCAAUUCAAUAGACAAAGAGCUCAGUCUAACUUUAGAUUUUCCUUCACCUUUUACCAAAACAGAACCUAGAGAUUUGAAAGCUUCAAAGGACAAACGGGGCUUUGUAAUGCAUGUGUCCGAUAAUGACAGUGAUAGUGAUGUGGAUGCUGAAAAUUCACUUGUGGCAUCUGGCAGAAGAUUUACCUGUGAUGAACUCUAUAUGAGUGAUGAUUCUGAAGAUGGUGUAACUCUUGGGAUGCAAUGCCACCAAUUGAUGGAUAAAGCCGGAUUAGCUGAAGGUGCGGUCUAUGAGCUAACAAAUGAAUUUCGGCUUAGUAUCACGGAUGCAGUGAGAUCCAAAAUAUCAUCUCUGGAGACUGAGCUGGUCAAUGAAAAUGAAAAAUUUGGCUCAUUGACUACUAAAAUUGAUAAAUACAGAGAACUACAGCACGAGAGGGAGAGAAAAUUGGACUUGCAGUAUCAACGCACAAUUGCAGAAGCCCUGGAUAAUCACCUGACAGCUGUACAGAGGGAUCAUGAGCACAUUUCCCAAUUAGAAGAAAGAAGAAUUAGAGAUGAUAUGGCUCGUGCGGAGGCUAAAAGAAGAGAAAAGGCAAUCCAGGAAGAAAAAAUACGGCAAGAAAGGAUCAAAGCAGAAGAGGAGGCCAAACUAAGAUCUGAAAUGGCUGAGCGAGCUAAAUUAGUGGCUCUAGAGGCUGAGAAGAAAGCUGCUGAAGAAGCUGCAGCCAAACAUGCUUCUGAAGCCUUAGACACUGCCCCUAAUGCAGGGAAAGAUUCCAAGGAAGCCCCCAGGCCCUCAGUAAGAAACAUAAUUAGAGCUUCAGAAAAUGCUCUUGAAUUGGAAAAGAGGAGGCAGCAAAUUUAUGAAGAAUUGUCUACAAAAAACAAGGCUCUAAAUCAGGAUUAUCACAGCCUUGGAAAACUUAUAGGCAGACUAAUUAGAACAAUCUCAGCUACCAUGGAAAAUAUCAGGACAAGGGCAGAAGAAAUAAUCAAGCUGAUUAAUAGUUCACAAUAUCCGCAGUCCAUCAGUAUAAAAUUAUUUGCAGAAAAGAUUGUCUCCAACUGCACAAAUCAAAGGAGCUCUAAUGCCAUAUUCGCUGCCAGUCGUGUUGUUGUUAUUGUGACAUCUAAGAUUCCACUAGCCAUGGAUAUUGUCAUUGCUGAGUUGAACAGAGUUUGCAUCUACACAGUUCCAAAGCACAUAAGUUACUCAGAGGUAGCAUUCAGAACCAAAGAUGAUUACUUCAAAGCUAUUGGUUACAUGGAAGUAGAUGGCAAGAUUGAGGGCCUCGAUGAGUAUGUAGAAAGGUUGAGCUCUUAUAUGAAACUAUAUGGAGCUCUAGUGCAGACUGACGUUGGAGGCUUCCAGAACCUGCAUGGAACGAAGGAAGGUUGGGCAUGGCUUGCAAGAUUCUUGAAUACGAUUCCAGCGAAUCUAUUUACUGCAGUUGCCCUGGAUUCAUUUCUGGGUAUGGCUGGAUACGGAAUGUACUGUCGAUACAAAAAUCAAUUCGAGAAGCUACUGAGCAUCAUUGCCGGUGACUUUCUGAAUGCAUUACAAGAAGGUGGUAGAGAGUCAAGGAGCGCCAAGGUCAGCAAGGUCAAGAUGUCGAUACGAAAUUAUAUUGAGUCAAAGCAGUACAUGAAAGAACCUGAAGGAUUGCAAUUGAGAAGCCAUCUAGACUCGCAUGUCUACUGUUGAAUGUUGGAUCCAUUUAUGUUUUUCUGCCAAAUUGGUUCGGUCACCACCAUGUAGAACUAGUUUAUGUUAUCCCAAGAAAAUUAGGCAUAUUAGAGUUUUUAUCCAAUUUUGAAUGAUUUUGUUCACCAGUGCCCGCGGCUUCUGUACUAGAACUGUAAUUUAUCGUGUAUUGAUGAGAUAUCCUUUUAAGAAUAAAGUUAUGAAAUAUUCAAGUAUUGACACACA